AGACUCUUGGCUCAAAGGGUUUUCCUUCGCACUUGCCAUGGAGAGAAACCCACAGCAGCGCGGUGCAAUUGCCUUCUUCAUUUGCUUUCAUUCAUCGCUUUUCUCCGCGGACUCUGAUGAAGUUCAUGUUUGGCUAGAACGGAAUUCUGAAGUCAUCACGGAGUCGAUCUUUGUCGAAGAAAGAGUCAUGGUGCGCUGGGAUCAUUUUGUGAACGGAGACAAGGCAUGGUAUUCCUGGGGCUUUGUGCGAGAGAGUCCAACCAAGCAUUUCCUUGGAUCGGUGACGGGCAACACGCCAGCGACGGGUCGUUUUGAGUGGUCUGUGCCUCCCAGACUCUGUGGCAAACACGUGCAGAUUGAGAUGUGCAGUGGAAGUCCGCCGCGACGGACGAAGCACGCGUGCCACACGUCUGCUCCUUUUGUGGUGGAAGGCAAUUGCGUUGCAGAGGUGCCUGUGCAGACGACCAGCACCACCACUGAAGCAGCAGCCUUGAGGGAGAUGGGUCCGCUUGGAUUGGGAGCAAGGUCGCGGAGCUGGAAGAUUGGUGGAGAUGUCGAUCAGAAACUGAGUUUGCAGACCACUGGUGUGAGAAAUGGAGGCUAUUCUGUUGCCUUGGUCGUGGUGUGGCUAGGGCCUCUGCCCACGUAUGUGAAAGCCUUUGUCGAGAGUGCCCGAAACUCAGGUCCCAGCUUCUUGAUUUUUCAUACGCACGACGAUGCACCUUCGCACCUAAAAACUGGCACGUCCAGUGUCCAUUUCGACUACAUGCCGCUGACAGAGUUGGCAGACAGACUAUGGAACGUUGAUGCCUUGCGCAAACAUUUCAAUCUUCCGUUCGAUGCUUUUGCGCAAAAAGUACGAGAGUGCUACGCCGACGAUAACCCUGCGAAAGGAAAUGACCUCAAAGUGAUCUAUGGAGCCCUUUUUCAAAAGGAGCUCAAUGGAUUCACCCACUGGGGUUGGACAGAUUUAGAUAUGAUAUGGGGCCAGGUUGGCUCCUUUCUGGAGCCUCUUCUUCCCAUCUAUGAUGUAAUCUCUGCUCCAGAUGGUCAGAGACCCGCCCUCUACUUGUCUGGACAGCUCACAGUUUUCCGGAACAACGAGCUGUGGCGCCGAUUUGUGACUGGUUGUGUUACAGGUCCAGGGUAUGUGAACUAUGGGGGCUGCUACUUGGAAAGCUUUCUGUCUGAAGCCAACGUCUUCUUUGAUGAGAAGGUAGCAAUUUGGUAUGCUGCCUUACGAGGAGCACAUAUCUUUGUGGACUUUUCAUUGGUCUUGUCUGACGCCCGAUGGCAAAGGCUCUCUGCUCACCGGAAACCAAGUCUGUACCGCGAUGAUGGACACCUUGUCGUUCCACAUGACUCUAGUGUUUUACCCUUUUUGGACAUAGAACAGCGGAAUUCGGAGGUUCACUUGCUUCAAAACGUGAGCAACUGUUUUUCGGAAUUUGGAGAGGGUUGGAGCUUCGUGUGCAUACCUUUUGACACGCAUGCCAUGAAUGAUGCAUUCGGAGCAUCCUACGAAGUCAAUCAGAAGCGAUUGUUUCUUUGGCCAUCGCCCCUUCGUCCUGUGGAUCGUGGAAGUGAGUUUGCCGCUUUCCAUUUGCACAGAAGCAAAGCAUCUUUCAAGAUGCAUUGGGAGAACUGUGGGCCCUCGGAGAACAACUGGCAUUGCUACAAGAACAAUGGGAUCGUUUGUGCGUGCGAGCUUGCUUCGACCUUUUCCAAGGGAUUCAAUCCCAUUCCCAACAUCGUGCACUUUGUGCUGACUGAUAGAGACACCAGAUUCUUUGAUUGGCCUUGCUAUGUUGCAAUCCGAAGUGCUUGGGAGAAGCUUCGACCUGAGAAGCUUUUGGUACAUGUACUGGAUGGCAUUGAGCCAAACACCUCGGCUGCAUGGUGGCAGGCUGCCAAGCGCUUUGUAUCAGACGUGCUUCCUUUCCCGCGGUCUGAAGUUCCUUUGUCAUUGAACGGAGUUAAGAUAACGCACCCUGCCUUCAUUGCGGACUUCCGACGUAUUCAAAUUCUCUACAGCUGGGGAGGAAUCUACAUGGACACAGAUGCUCUCUCGCUUCAGAGCUUUGAUGCUUUGAGACACUGGAAGGCAGUGCUUGGACGUCAAGGGGGUGAUGAGUUGAGGGCAACAGUUGGUCUGAUGAUGUUUGAAAAGCACUCUGUUCUUCUGGAUACUUUGUUGGAUCGAAUGAAGCGCGCUUACACCGGAGCUUGGGGCCUUCAUGCGGGGCAUGUGCUUGAUGACAUGAUGAAGGAGCUCCAACCUCCAGGUGUUGCAAUCCUCGGUCACAGCAGCGGCUUCUUCGCAUCUUCUUGGCUUGCGGCAGACUUCAUGGAACUGAUGGAGGAAUCUGGACGAGUGGACUGGAGCAGAUGCUGGUCUUUGCACCUCUACAACUCUCAGACAAAGAAAUACACCAAAGAUCCACUCGAGCUCUGCCAGAACGCAGGUUCACCUUACAAGGCUGGAGACCUAUGUGCUGGCUUAAACAUGGCCAUUGACAUGUCUGACAUUUACUCCAUGGUGAAUCAGGGCUACCCGUUGAUGAACAGGCGGCUAGAAGAAGUCUUCGAACAAAGAGUUGCAGAACAAACUCAGUUGUUCCAUGAUGCAGUCUCGCCCUCUUUGGACAUCGUAUCAGUUAAGGGCUUCAAGGCAGAGUUGUGAUGGUGAAGAGAUGCAGAGACUCCUGCGGAAGACACUCCUGCAUGCGGAAAAAGGUGGAACCAAGACUGCCAGGCUAAGUUGCGGCUGUACCUGGGGAGUUCCUGCUUUGUGAAGGUGGCAAAGUGUCUCCUAGUGAAGCACGUCAACGCGCAGUCUUAUUACAGCUCUGGUGGUGUUCCAUUUGGGAAAAA